GUAAAUUACAUAAUUUUCGCGCAUAAUGGAGACAGUUUUGGGCAUUAAAGGCUGCGAUUUCGUUAUGCUCGGUAGCGAUACCAUUCAAAUCAAGUCUGUGGUCAUCGUGAAAAGUGAUCAUGUAAAAAUCUAUCGCCUUAACGAUUUCAACAUGAUGGCUCUAACUGGAGAUACAGGCAAUUGUAUGCAGUUCGCCGAUUACGUUAAAAGACACGUUAAACUAUAUCAUGUGCAGAAUGGAUAUGCAAUGGAACCACUGUUAGUGGAUAAGUUCACUCGCAGCUCCUUGGGGGACUAUAUACGCACAAAUAUGAACUUUAAAGUCUCUACGCUGCUGGCCGGCUAUGAUCAGAAAACAGGACCAAACUUGCAAUUUAUUGACCAGUUCGGCUCCUCUCAAUCAAUCAAUCAUGCUGGACAUGGACUCGGCAGCUUGUUCUGUUCAAGCAUAUUUGCCCAAUAUUGGCAUGACAAGCUGAAAGUACCAGAGGCGUAUGAAAUUCUAAAGAAGUGCGUCACACAAAUGGACAAACGGUUCCUGCUAAAUGUGAAAAACUUUGAUGUUUAUAUGGUGGACAAGAACGGCAUACGUCGACUUGAAGCCAUAAAUUCAAAGACGUUAAAAUCUCCUGCUAGUCUUUUUGCUGAAAAAAGCGUUUUCCCUCCCACUACAGCAAGGAAAUAGAUCUUGCUUCUGUGAGAAUUAAUAUACUCAGCAAAUUACUUUUUCUUAUAUCCGUUUAGUUCCUCGUUACAUUUAUCGACUAACAAUUUGAAAUGGUACUAAAACUUAAAAACAAACAACACUAAUUUUCGAUUUAACUUAAAGUUUGUGGCGGUUUCUAUUUAAUUUUGGACUAGAACUAUACUAGGUCCAGCAGAUGAUCCAGCAGAUUCGUUUUUGUCCUUUUAUGUACUUGAAAAAUCAUAAUAACAGUUUAUUUUACACCUUA